AGGCGCAAAGAGAGGGCACGGGAUGCGAGUGACCGGCCAGUUCACAUCGGCUCCUCAACCUCAUAUUUUCUCGUCGCCUAAAGUCAAAUCGGCCCCGUGAACGUCGGCAAAUAGAAAUCAUCGUAUCGACCCUAAGAACUCAUUGCAGCAAGUCCUAUAUAUAGUUUGCAAGCCUCUAGGGUUUUGAAGGAGACGAGGCGACGUCGUCGGGUGUGUGAUGGGAUGUAGCGACCCGCCAUUGAUGCCAACUGAGAUCCUCCGCCGGCUUGUGAUCUUGCCGAUAUGGCUAGCACUUGUUGCCCCAUUGAGAUGGAGCCCCGCACCCUGCGUCAAGGCCAGCUCAUCCAUGCCCGGGAAGUUGCCGAAGACGUAAUUCAAAAGAUGGAACCAAAUAAAGCCACAUCCAUAUUCACCGAGGGACUGAAGCUGACCAACCCCACAAAGGACGCUGGGCGUUCGGCCGAGCACGGAGAGGAAGUCGGCGGCGAGCCGAUCGAGUCACAAAAGCAACGGGCGGAAUGCAUCGAGAAACCUUGCCAGUGCUCGUGCGCGUCGGGGUUGGGCGAAUCUCCGGACCAACCCGAGCUCAAAGAGCCUGUUUCAGCACCAUUCUGAUGCACCCGAACAGCCUCCUCCUCCUCCUUUCUCCUCCAUCAGCCAUUUCUGUACUUGAAUAAUAAGGAGUGUCUUGUAUGUAACGAGGCUCUUGUUCGACAUGUCUAUGUUUCCAGACGAUGCACAUUUGGUAG